AGCGAGGAAGGGUGGCCGGUCAGACCGCUCUGUGACAACCUCUUGCUAUUAUCUUGUACUUACAAACCUGACUCAAUUGUUUUUUAAGUAAAUAUAUAUAUAUAAACUUAACAAAUGGCGUCUGCAAGAGUUAGAAUCCCAGAUUUCAAAAGAUUCAAAUUACUUUUCUUCUGGUCUGCAAUAAUACUGGCAUUCGCAGUUUUCUUAGAACAAACCAUCAUGGCUCAGUCAAAUUUAAGAAAUUACCUGCGUUCCCUUCGCUGGACCCCCUUACCAGUGGGUGUAGGUCUAGCUCUCAUAGCCUUCCAGCAGUACAGACACACAAGGAAACGUGAGGCAGCUAAAUUAGGGCAGGUGCAGCCAUGUGAUUGCUUAGCAGAGGAGUGGGAAGUGGCAGCAUACAAGCUGUUGCCUCUCCGCUCUUUCUCCAGAGCAUGGGGAUGGGUGAAUGGGAUUGAGCUUCCAGAAUGGUCAAGAAAGUCUGUGCUUGGAUGCUACGUUCGGGCAUUUGGAUGUAACAUGGCAGAAGCUGAAGUAGAGGAUUUGAAUCAGUAUGCUUGCCUCUCAGACCUAUUUCGGCGGUCACUCAAAGAAGGGAUUCGUCCCGUUGACCUCUCUGCAGAAGUAGUGAGCCCGGCAGACGGAACUGUGUUGUCAUUUGGCACUGUAGAUUGUGGAUCCCUUGACCAGAUAAAGGGAGUGACAUACCCAUUAAGGAAGUUUCUUGGACCCAAUUGCUGGACCAAAGGAGGACCAAUGAUAGUUGAUAAUAAAACUGAUGAUGGUUGUUUCCACCGGUCAUGCUUGAAUGACAACAACAACAUGCUUUACCACUGCGUCAUCUAUUUAGCUCCUGGUGAUUACCAUCGCUUCCACUCCUCGGCAGACUGGCAAGUGCAUUUCCGUAGACACUUCCCAGGAGAAUUGCUCAGUGUUAAUCCAUCAAUUGCCGCUUGGGUGAGAGAUCUCUUUAUUUUAAAUGAAAGGGUAGCCUAUGUAGGACACUGGAAACAUGGCUUUUUCUCUAUGACAGCUGUUGGUGCCACUAAUGUUGGGUCUGUUAAGGUUUAUUUUGAUGAUGAACUAAAAACAAAUUUAAAUAAAUGGCAAAAAGAUAACUUCUUUGAUAAACAUUUCAAAGGAAAGUCAAUAGACCUAAGUCGAGGGGGCAACUUUGGGGAAUUUAACUUAGGUUCUACUAUUGUUCUUGUUUUUGAAGCCCCUAAAGACACAAAAAUAUGUGUAGAAGCAGGACAGAAGGUAAAAGUAGGGCAAGCUUUGUUUAGAAUAAUUAAUUCUUAUGUAGGGAAAGCUAGUUCUGAAAUAAAUCAUCCAGGACCUCAGAGGUAAAUAUAUUUGUGAUAGCAAAGACAAUGUAUUUAAAUAUUUCUUAUAAAGAAGUUAUCAUAAUAAAAGAUAAUCAAGAUAUGUAUAGUUUUCAUACAUUUUGUUGGAUGUGAAAAGGGAAUUCAUUGUAUAACUAGUAUAACUACUUAAAAAUGUAUGGAAAUUGUUUUGAUGGAAUGCUGUACUACCCAUUGUAAAUAUUUGAGUUUAUGGAAACUUUACUCUGAUGGGACUAUUGGAUUGUGAAAUAUUUAGGCAGAUUUCUCUUCUGUCAAGUUACAGAGAACAAAAUUUCUGUACAGUUGCUUUAUUUUCUAUCACAUUAUUAACUCCCAUACACUAUAGAGGUGUUAAUGAAUGGAAGCCAUAUCAAUCUGGUCAGCUACAUUACCAAUACAUCGAAGGCAGCAUUAGGUCGAUGACAGUAUUAAGAUUGACUGGGAAAGUAUUCAGAAUGCAGGAAUUUUUUAGUUUAGAAAAGUGGUGAGGUAAUGUGUUUUUGCUUUGUACAUUUAUGUAUUUUUCAAAAAUUUAGUUUGUUAUAAUUCUUGUGUUAAUAGAAAAAUUAUGCAUUACACAAUUUUUUUGUAUAAUAAUUUUCUGAACAUUAUUUUAUUAUUAUCAUUACUAUUACUGUUAUCAUUUGUAUUAUAUUUGUUAGCAUUAUUAUUGUUAUUAUACUAUCAUAUUUAUUGCUGUUACUACAAGCAUCUCAUAAAUAUUGUCAUUGGUAUUUUCAGUUUCCAAUAUAUAUAAUUUUUUGCAAGUAAAAAGGUACACAGAUAAGGAACAAGAAAAAAGUAUUACAUGAGAAAUAGUUUGUAAUGGAUUAGGUUAGGCUUAACCAAAGUAUGAAGCAUACAUUGUUUCCUUAUCAAAUAUAUAUUGAAUUUGAAAGCUGAAUAUUUUUAAAAAAAUAUUUGCAAUGUGUAACAGAGUGUAACAAAUUGCUCACACAGACAUGCAUGUUAAUAUGCUCACAUAGUCAUAUGAAUGCUUAUGCAAAUGGAAACACACAGACUGACAGAAAUGCUGGAAUUGCUUGUAUUAGCUCAGCUCAUGUGUUUGCUCCAAAGCUCAGAAAUUGGAAGGGAAUUUAGUCACAGACUAAUAUGAUCAUUUCAAACUGGAAAACUGUAAGUUAACAAAGGCUGUUUUGACAAUUGUAAAUAUUGUAUCUGGUGCUUUCUUGCUCAAGACUUUAAGGUUACUGUAGCUUGUCUGGGCUUUGAAUGUUGUUAUUGGCUUAAUGUGUUUAUUUGUAAGGGUUGCCCCUUGACAAGGUUAAUUUGUUUUGUAAAUUACUGGCCUUUGGAUCCUGAGGAAAGUAAACAAAACAAAUCAGGGAUGGACGUUGUGAGAUGGAUGGUUAGUGACAUUGUUAUCAAGCCUCAGUUUUGAAAUUAUGGAAUCUUUAUGGAAAGUAGGAUUAUGUUCAGAUUAACAAACUAUUCAUUAACUAUAGCCCUAAAGGUAGUGAAGAAUGGAUUUGUCAGGAUGGUUCACUUUGCCCUGAAAUGUGUGGUAAAGGCCGUGAUCAGCUUAUUCUGUUGAAGGUUGCAGGAAUCGAUGUAACACAUAGUGCUUAAGGAUGACAGAAAAAAAGCAUUAUGCAAAACAGUAAACAAAUUGUUUACAUAAAACUUUAGUAAUUUAGCACAAUAAUGAAUUUCUGUUUAACACUUUGAUAUGUUCAAUUAAGUCAGAUAUGUUAUUAACUUUUAUUUGUAUUUGUUGACAAUACAUUUGGAUUUGUUUGUUAGUACUGUUGUAUAUCCAUCAGGUUGUGUAUAUAAUAUAUAUAUUUGUACAGAAUUUGUAAUAAAUAUUCAUAUAAA